AUGCAGAAGAUCAACUUUACAAUAACAUUCAAGGAUUACAUUCAGCUGCUUUAUCCUUAUUGUGUUAAUGGAGUUGUCUUUUCUUCUGAAGGAGAUAUAUGGUCAUCCACAGAAAAUUGGGUGUUUACUCCUGAAAAUGGAAAAACAAUCGCAAAACUUAUGGAAAAUCCGCAAGAAGCAAUGAAAUCAAAACUUCACCUUGGCCAGAGAGAUUAUCUUGUUGUUUAUGCAGACUCACAUACGUUAAUUGCUAGGAAGCGAGAAUUUGGUAUCAUGGUUAAACACAGUAAAAUGUAUUACAUUCUAGGUACAUGUGAUGAACGAAUUAACCCUACAAAAUGCUUAGAAUAUGUUACGAGAGUUUCUGAGAUGAUGAAAAUUGCAUCCAAGCAAGGUAAGAAGGAUGUUCUUGAUACAUGA